AUGAUAGCUAAACAUCUUUAUUCCUAUUUAUUUUCGUUUCUUUCUCAAGAACUUUCUUUCUUUUUUUUUUUAAUUCUUCACCUUAAUUUGCUUUCUUUUAUUUCCUCUCAUUUCUCUCUCAAAACACACACGCACUUUUCCUUCCUCCCUCAACACUCUCUUUACUCGUUCAUUUGCUUCUUUCUCCUCCUUUCCCUCUCAACUCACUCUCUUUCGCUUCUCGUAACGCUCAACUCCCUCUCUUUUCAUUUCAUUUCUCUAUCGACACUCUCACUUAUUUCUCUCAACUCCUUCCUCUUCCCAUUCCUCUCUAAAUCCCAUCUCUUCAGUUUCUCCCUCAACUUCCUCUCUCUUCAUUGCAUUUCUCUCUCAAUACAGAUUCUAUCUCUCUUCUCAUUUAUCUUUCAAGACUCACACACCCUCUAUCUCUCUCUUCGUUUUCUCUCUCAAAUCAUUUUCUCUUUUCUCGUUCAAAUCCCUCUCCUAUCAUUUCUCUCUCAACUCCUUUUCUCGUUUCUCUCUCAUCUCAUAACUCUCUCAAAUCACUCUUUCCGUUUCAUUUCUCUCAGCACUCUCCCUCUCUUAAUUUUUGUCUCAACUCCUCCUCUUGUUGUUCCUAUCUCAACUCACUCUCUUCUCGUUUCAUUUUUCUCUCAUCACACUCUCUAUCAACACACACACAUUCUCUCUCUUCUUGUUUUACGCUCACCUCCAUCGACUCUCUCUCUCUCUACAUCUAUUCAAAUGUCCUCAGCUCUCUUUUCGUCUAUUACUCUCUCUACUCCGCCAACACUCUCUUCAUCUACCGUGUUCAUUCCUAUUUUUCUAUGUAUAAUAGAAAAAGAAUUUUAUUUUCACUCUUUCCGCCCUGUCCCUCCCCUUUGGGCUUCUGCCCUGCUUGACCAAUGUAAGACUCACCACCCUUGGCCAAUCAAUACGACCCAUUCCCCGAUUACCUAUCCACCUGCCAUAGGACGGCCACUCAAAGCUCGCCGAUCGCCCUUUCUGACCCACGAAUUCGUUUACCUCUUUUCAUUUGUUGUUUGCAUUUCCUUGCAAGAGAAUGUUCACCUCUGCAGCGUCGACGCUUAA